AUGGCAGCAAUCCGACGGUUGGAGGCCUCCAACGACGGCGCCUCGAAGGAGGGGGAUAGAGAUUCCACAAUCAUUUUUGAGAACAAAUACGAGUUCUGCGGAUACAAUUUAAAGAUCUCUCGUUUCAUCAAUGCUAACCUGGGCUUUUCGGCCCAUGUUUGGGAAGCUGGGGUCGCUCUCUGUCGGUUUUUUGAGAAACAGAACGCCAGUUUUACUGCGAAGAGAGUGAUUGAGCUGGGAUCGGGCACUGGAAUCGUUGGGAUUUUAGCAACCUUACUUGGUGGAGAGGUGACUGUGACCGAUAAGCCAAGCAUCCUGAAGCAAAUAGAAAACAAUGUCUCCAUCAACAUCCCCUCUGCCUGCAGGCACCGUGUAAAGGUCCGUGCUCUGACCUGGGGUGAAGACCACACGAGCUUUCCCUCCGACUAUGACUUCAUCCUGGGUUCCGAUAUUGUUUACAGCUCAGUGAGCUACCCGGCACUCAUGGACACAUUGCGACACCUCGCCAGCCACAGAGCCACAAUUUACCUCUCUUCCGAAUUGCGGAAGAGGAAUGGCUCGUCCUCUUUUCACAAGCAGCUUCUGCCUCAAUAUUUUAAUUGCCAGGUGGUUGACAGGAUAGAUGAUAAAAAUAUCAUUGUGUAUAAAAUGUCCAAAAUUAGUACAGACCCCGGAGUUGGGUGCUUUAAUUAA